CGUAACGUGUCACAAACAUUGGGAAACAGAUGGUGCGAAUAAUCCUGCACAGGAAAACAUUCAAACUGUUAUAAUAUGUAACUACAGAGAGGAUAAACGUAGCCGAUUUUACAGUUAUAACGAAAUAAUGGAGCAGAAUAUACAAAACCUCCCAAUUGAUAUACAAACCAGCAAACUUCUAGACUGGCUCGUGGACAGACGCCACUGCAAUUUGAAAUGGCAAAGUGCAAUAAAAGAAAUAAGAGAGAAGAUCAAUGCGGCCAUUCAGGACAUGCCAGAGAAUGAGGAGAUCAAGGCGCUUCUUUCUGGGUCUUACAUCCACUAUUUUCACUGCAUACGAAUUGUGGAAGUUCUGAGGAAGACAGAAGCUUCGUCUAAAAACAUCUUUGGCAGAUAUUCAUCACAGAGAAUGAAGGACUGGCAAGAAAUUGUUACCCUUUAUGAAGCAGACAGUGUCUAUUUGGCUGAGCUGGCCAGUUUGCUGAGUCGUAAUGUCAGUUAUGAAGGUCCAGCCCUGAGAAAGCAGAUCGCCAAAGCGCAGCAGCUGCAGCAGGAGCUGAGCCGGCGGGAAGUGGAGUGUCAGAGCUCCGCUGCAGACCUCAGGGAGCGAUAUUAUUCUGCGUGUAAACAAUAUGGCAUCACAGGAGAAAAUGUAGCUCGUGAGCUACAAGCCCUUGUCAAAGAUCUACCAGCAGUACUUGAUGAAGUUGGCAGAGAUGCUGCAAAGUUAGAUGAACAAAUUAAUCUUUACACUGCAUUUACCAACUUUGUGUGUGAGUGGUCUGAACCAGUACUGCCCAUGUUGACUUUUGUCCAGAAGAAAGGAAAUGCUACAUUUUAUGAAUGGAGAACGGGCAAAGUUCCCACAGUCGUCGAAAGACCAGUGGUGGAAGAGGCCCCUCUAGAGACAGUAACAGAUGGAUCAAUUGACUGGGGAGACUUUGGUACAAGCUCAGAUGUUCAGGGUCUAAACCAUGGCAUUCAGGUUGAAGAGGGAAUUGACUGGGGCAUUAGUCUUGAGUCUGGGGAUGCAGAUACAAGUGGCAUUGAUUGGGGCGAUGGUGGACCAGCUCCCAUUGAAAUUGAAGUUGUAGAUGCUGGCACAGACUGUCCAGAUGGUGUGGCAAGGGGUGAGGAUGCCUUGUCAAUUCUGGAAAAUCCACAAUCACGUAACCAAUUUAUUGAUGAAUUAAUGGAGCUUGAAGUAUUCCUUAUGCAACGUCUUACUGAGAUGAGUGAAGAGGGGGACGUAGUGGCCAUGAGUCAGUUUCAGAUGGCUCCUUCUGUGAUUCAAGGCCAAACCUCUGAACAUGUCCAGGAAAUGUUAUCAGAAGUGCGCAGUAUUCUUGGCCGGCUCACCACUCUUCGAAUGCAGCAUCUCUUCAUGAUACUCGCCUCACCAAGAUAUGUGGAACGUGUCACAGAGAUGCUCAGACAGAAGCUCAAACAGGCAGAUGUUUUAAUGCUUAAAAGUGCUGCUAUGGUUGAAAGGAGACAAGAAACUCUAGAAGAGCAGUGCAGGUUGGAGCCUCGUGUUGACCUCUUAAUGGGAUGCACAAAGGAACUACAAAAACUAAUUGAAGCAGAUAUUUCAAAGCGGUACCACAACAGACCAGUCAACUUAAUGGGUGUCAAUAUUUAGAAAUGUAUGAGAUCGUUUUACGUUCUGUUAAUCACAGAAAUAAAAUACAUAUUUAAUAUAA